AUACACAUAUAUUAUGUACGUAUAUUAUUCAUUAAGAAGAAGAUAGAGAGAAGAGUAUUAGAGAAAAUGAAGAGCAAGAAAGGGAGUUUAGUUCUUCUCAUAGUCCCUCUGUCUCUACUUCUCCUCCUUUACGUUAAUCCAUUUCGCUCUUCCUCUUCUCAUCAAACUACUAUUUCUACUCUUCACUUAGCAAACCCUACUUCUUCUUCGGCCAACUACGCCGUUAUAUUCGACGCCGGUAGCUCUGGUAGCCGUGUCCAUGUCUACCAUUUCGACUCUAACCUUGACCUUCUCCCCUUUGCAAACGAACUUGAGAUUUUUAAACAAGUAAAACCAGGACUAAGUUCAUAUGCUAGUAAUGUCACCGCUGCUGCAGAAUCUUUGGUUGGACUUCUCCAAGUAGCUGAGGAAGCAGUUCCUCAAGAUAUGCAUUCCUCCACACAAGCUAGGGUUGGGGCAACUGCUGGUUUGAGGUCUUUGUCUGGGAAUACUUCAGAAGAAAUUUUGGAAGCUGUUAGGAAUCUGAUCAAAGAAAAAAGUGACUUCAAACUUGAGUCAGAUGAUGCAGUUGCUGUUCUUGAUGGAAUUCAAGAAGGAUCCUAUUUGUGGGUGUCAAUAAACUACUUACUGGGAAAUUUGGGAAAAGAAUAUGGAAAAACAGUUGGAGUGAUUGACCUUGGAGGUGGAUCAGUUCAAAUGGCUUAUGCUAUCUCUGAAGAAGCUUAUGCAAAUGCACCAAAUCCAACAUAUGGAGAUGAAACAUAUGUGAAGGAGACCUUUCUCAAAGGCUCAAAAUAUUAUCUCUAUGUUCAUAGUUAUUUAGGUUAUGGUUUGCUAGCUGCUAGAGCAGGACUCUUAAAUGUCACAGGAGAUUCUGGAAGCCCUUGCAUUCUGGGUGGCUAUAAGGGGUCUUAUACAUAUAGUGGAGUAACUUAUAAUGCAAAAGCCUCUCGUAGAGGCUCAAGCAUCAAUAAGUGUAGGAAUGUAGCUGACAAGGCUCUUAGAAUAUCAGAGACAUGUUCAUACUUGAACUGCACAUUUUCUGGGAUAUGGAAUGGAGGAGGAGGACUUGGAGAGAGUAAUCUUUAUGUUGGUUCCUUCUUCUUCGACAGAGCAAAUCAGGUUGGUUUCAUUAAUGGGAGUGACAAUGUUGCCAAAGCUUACCCUGCACAGUUUAAAAAAGCAGCUACUCUUGCUUGCCGAACUAAACUCAAAGACGCGAAAUCUGUCUUUCCAGGUGUAGACGAAUCUGAUUUACCAUACAUUUGCUUGGACCUUGUUUACCAGUAUUCCUUGCUUGUUGAUGGUUUUGGUUUGGACCCUUCUCAAGAGAUUACUUUGAUGAAGAAAAUUAAAUAUCAGGAUGGCUGGGCUGAAGCACAAUGGCCUCUAGGCAGUGCCAUAGAAGUGGUCUCAUCAUCAUCAUCAUCAUUAAAAGCUAUAUAGAUAUGCAAAAGUUGGCCUCUGAAUUUUGGUAUCAUAUUCAUGCAUAGCAGCAUUUGGAUUUGUUAACUAAAGACUGCCUAUUGUAAGUCUAUAUAUAUCCUGCACAAUAUAAUAAAGAGUGACACCACGCGAAGUGACACUUUAUAAUUGGUUAGCGAUACCUCAUAAUUCUUAUUAAAUUCAAAUAUGUAGGACCCGAUAUUGAAUUGCACCAAUAGCGAUACGCCACCUCCUUGUGGUAUUGGGCAACACUGGUGCCCCUUGGCAAUUCUCUAUAAUAAAAUUUCCCUCUUGGUUUUAAUCUCCAACUUUUUUGGAGUAUUUUGUAUAAUUGACU